AAUAAGGCGUGGGGAUUCUGCCGGCGAGAGCGGUGAAGAUUCGCCGCAGCUUUCUGGUGCUGGAAGCUGUCCGUGAAUGGGGAUUGCUCUCGUCUUCACUUGACAACAAUACGCCUAGAGGGGUGAUAAUUGACUGGUGUUGUAUACUGUGGCUUCCCAUUAUUGCGCAGCAGUUUAAGCUUUCCCUUAAAUCAAUCCUUUGUUUUUGAAUCAGUUGCAACACGGUUUCUUUUAUUGCCAUUCGUCACCUUGUCGCUUGAAGAAGCGGUGCUGGGAUCGCACUGCUUUGCUGUCAAAAAAGCUAGCUCUAGGGACCAGAUAUGGCUUACACUGACGAUGCCGUCAAGGCAAAGCUCUCAGCCCUUAAUGAGACCCAAGAAGGCAUUGUGACUGUCGCCCAAUGGGUUAUGUUCUACAGGCGACAUGCGGAGCGUACUGCCCAGCUUUGGCUCCAGAAGCUUCGCGACUCCCCAGCUCCCAAACGUCUAAACCUCAUUUAUCUCGCAAACGAGCUUGCACAACAGUCGAAAGCAAGGCGUAAAGAUGACUUUCUCAUCGCAUUCUCUCCGGUGAUUGCAGAAGCAGUCGCGAUAGCAUACAAGAGCGCGUCGAAUGAUAUACAACAGAAACUUCGCCGCGUGGUCGAAGUCUGGAGACAACGGGCUAUCUUUGAACUGCCUAUUCAAGAAGCGGUCGAAGCUCGUGUUGAUGAAAUUGAUCGGUCUCGCUCUAAUGGCAAAAAGCCGCUCAUGGGAGGCUCACUCUUCUCAAGCUCAUCUGGUUCUACGCCUUCCGAGCUGCAGCCUUUGGUCCCUUUACAAGUGGCCUUGUCUAAAGCUACAAUGACGUCCGGCGCGUCUGCGGCGGCAGCGAAUACCGAAUAUGACAAGAUGAAUGAUGCAAACGCACCCCUGCCUACUCCUCCAGUCCACGCCGCCCGUCUGAGUCAGUUACUGAAGACGCUGGCAAACGCCGAAAGCUCGGUCUCGGAAAUCAUCAAGUCACGCCUCGCUCUAAUCAACGGACUGGAAAAACUUCUUGAGACCAACCGCGCCGCUCUUGAAAAGGAACAGGCCUUGGUCUCCAGACUGUCGGACAACAAAAUAGCGACUGAGGCCAAGAAACGUGAAGUUGAGGACAGCAUCAUGCGAGGUCUCUCCGCCGAUAACUCGCCUGGAAAUCCUGCCAGCGGUGAAGGCGAUUCUGUCUCUCGACCGGAAGUUGAAGCCCUGACCCCGCCACCCGUUGAAUCCCUCACUCCAGUCGGUUCUCCUCAGCUGGUGGCCCAGAAUACUACUGUGUUUGGCUUCCAGGAGGCCCCGAUCCCUACUGCCGAUGCUUUCACCCUUCCGGGAAUCGGACAUCCGUCGAACACUCCUCUGCCUGGAAAUGAUAUGCCUAGCCUAGCUGAUACUCUCAGCCAGCUACAGUAUGGCAAUUCCAACGGAGCCACUGUCAAGAAGCGCAAGGUCACCCACGGAGAGGAGGACUAUGCCAAGUUCGCAGGUGGCGACCUGGAUGCGGAUGUAGCUGAGCUACUUGAAACAGAGGGCCGUCAAGGGUAA